AUGACAAAGGAUCCAUUUGCAUUGCCAAUGCUUCUUCUUACAUAUGUGUUUAUAUUAUUGAGUGGAGCAACUUCCAAUGCUCUCCCAAUCAACACGCCGCUAACCCGAACCCAAAUGGAAGACUUGUUCCGAGCCUACGCUCCGUAUCUUUAUCUCCACCCCGCCGAAGAAUACCUCCCCUCUUCGGUCGAUUGGUUUUUCAGCAACGGCGCAUUGCUGUAUAAGAGAGGGGAGGAGUCAAGGCCAGUACCGAUCGAGCCAGGUGGCGCAAACCUCCCUAAGGGAGGUGAUCCGGCUGGCUUGUACUGGUUGAACCUCCCGGCAGACAAGGGAGGCCGGGAUAGGGUUAGCCACGGGGAUUUAGCGAGUGCUGAGGCGUACGUUCACUUUAAACCGGGCGUUGAGAACGGGAUGUUCACGGAUAUUCAGGUGUGGAUAUUUUAUCCUUUCAACGGCCACGCGACUGCAAAAAUAGGGUUUAUUAAGAGAGUGUCGUUGGGGAGAGUCGGGGAGCAUGUGAGCGACUGGGAGCACGUGACGCUGAGAGUGAGAAAUGGGGAUGGGGUUCUUGACAAGGUGUAUUUCUCUCAGCACAGCGGGGGGAAAUGGGUCGAUGCUUCUCUGCUGCAGUUUGUAAAUGGGAAUAGGUUCGCAUGGUAUGCUUCGAGGAACGGGCACGCUGGGAACAACGAGCCGGGGCUGUAUCUGCAGGGCGGGAAUGGGUUCGGGAUAAGGAAUGAUUGGGCGUGGAGCAACAAGGUGGUGGAUACGGGGGCGAGGUUCGUGGUGGUGGCGUCCGAGGGGGAGGCGGAGGCCGUGGCCGAGCCGCCGUGGUUGAGUUAUGAGAGCAAGUGGGGGCCCACCAAGGAGUAUGAUACGGCUUCGGAAGUGAGGAGGGUGAGGAAGUUUCUGCUGGGAAAAUUGAAGAAACUAUUGGAUAAUUUAGUGAAGGUGAUUGAUGAAGUUUAUGGGACAGAUGGGCCCACUGGACCCAAGGUCAAAUAUAACUGGAGUGGCAAUGAAGCAUAG